AUGGGUAACAGGCAAAGUUCCAAAAGAAGGGAGAGUCAGAUUGUACGUCCAAAUUUGGCAUCAGCUGUCAAUCCAUCACUUCCACCUGAAGCUGUCAAUACACUUGCAAACUGUUUGAACCGCCUGCCACUUGUUCUUGAUAAGAGGGUACGGGAUGAGGUGAUACGUCGGGUGGAACUGGUCGAGACUCCUGAUACUCCAGAAAUUCUUUUAAGGAAGAGUCAAGAGCCGUCUGGAAUUUAUGUGCUUGUGUCUGGAAAUGUAAAUGUUGUGAGUGAAAAUGAAAAAUAUGUUCUGAGAGAGAUCCAAGCUGGUGAUUGUUUUGGUGAAGUUUCAGUCCUUUUUAAUAUCAAGUGCACUGCUGACGUGAAGACCGUGAACAGGUAAAAAGUAUUCAGGUGUUUCAUUUAAAUCUGGACAGUGGUGCCAUUUGUGAAAGUUCUUUUUCGUUUUUCAAAUAAUGAUAAUUAUUGCUUUGUAAAGCUACUUACUUCAUGUUUUAGUGAAAUAAUUAUAAAAUAAUCAAACUGGUGAUUUGCUGUGUUGCUAUGAUGGAAAAGAAAGCAAAAUGCAAUGGAUAUGGUUGAUGAGAAAUUAGUACUAUUUUUAUGUGAAAGGAAAUAUUAUGAUUCAAGUCUUGCUUUUAAAAAAUGAAGUGUUAUUUUUAUAAUACUGUAGUUUAGUUAAGUCAUUUUAAACUUUUACAAAAAUCUGUCAAUUCUUUAAUGAUUCUUUGGUCUUUAUAAAGACAUAAAAUGAAGAUAAAGAAGUUAUAAAUGCAAGUGACUGAGUAGCCUCUUGAUGUACAUAAUGUCGUGGAAAAUUAUUGUGAGGUAUAUAUUAUGUGUUAUUGACCAAGCAUGAGGUCAAAAUGGCUGGAUAUUAGUUCUUUUUUGUGUUUUUAUUGACCAAGAUGAAGUAGAGGGAAAUAUUCAGUCCAUCUUGACCAAAUAAGCUUGGACAAUAAAAGAUUAAUUAUAUGGCCUAAAAGUGAACAUUUACUUGCGGAACCAACAUCGGAAAUCCCCAGCAGGCAAGAUUGACCCAUCUUGCUCGCUCAGGUAGCCAAUCAGAAUGUAGGAUUCACUUCAUCUUGCCUGCUUGCGGAUUCAGCCUUAUAAUAAAGCAUUUUACACCAGGGUCUUAUAGUUAUUUAAAAUAAUUCAGGUUUCCAGUAGUCUACUUUGGAUCACUUUGCUCGUCUAUCUGUUCAAGUGACAUGUGUCCAUUAUCUUUUUGUCUUUUACAAGGUGUGUAAUUUUGUUGCUAAAAACUUCUGAUGCUCGUCAACUGUUUACAUUUCCAAGUGAAGUGAUGCUGUUGCAGUGGUUUCAACAGAGGUUAGUGUGACCUAUCUUAUGUGCUUAUAAUGGAUGCUAAAAUAAAUAAGUUAAUUUGAUAAUUUUGGAAAACCUGUUUCUCCUGUUGUUCCGUUAUAUAGCAAUGUGACACAUGUAUAAAGUUUAGGUCCUGUUCGCACUAUACAAAAUUUUUUUUUGUUUUGCAAAAAAUCUGUCAACAGGAAGACAUUGCUAGUUCAAAUAAUUUUUUUGACGUACCAAAAUGUUCUCAAGCGUAACCAAACUUCAAAGAUUCCAUCCAGAAAGUUCAGAGACCUACAAUUUUUUGUCAGUUGACAAAAUCCUCUGUUCUUUGACAGCUGUGUAUAAAAUGCUCUAGGCAAUUUGCUACAAAUGCAAGAUGACGUUGUACAUAGCUCUACCAACCAGCAUGGAGUAUAAAUGUUAAUUAUUGCGGUCAAGUGCCUGUACAUGUGUAUUUAAGUAAUAUAAAAAUUUAUUGGUUCCGUUUAAUUAUGUUAUUACCUGAGCUAAAAGCUGGGGCUGAUUAUUCACUGAAAAUGAUAUUUAUUAUCUGUGUGUGUUUGUGCUAUUAAUAGGAGAUACUUUGACACCAGUAAACUGUUCAACAGUCAUCAGCUGUCUCGUGAGAUUGCUCUUGAUGUGCUACAAAGGGUAGGAUCUUGAUAUUUAGUAAUAAUUAAAAUUAUACCAAAAGUAAUUUAGGAACUGUAUUGAUCUCUGUUGUCUUGAACAUUUUUUUUUUUUUAAAAAAGCAAAUAUCAAUUUUAAGCAAAUUUUUAAUUUUAUUACAUGUAGGUUCCUUAAAGUAAUUUAUUUUAUUUGUAUUAUAGUCUCCAGUGUUACAUGGUUGGAAGAAAGAAGCUUUAGAUUCCGUAAUAAAGACAGUUAAACCUGGUAAAUUAAACUUAAGUUAAAAAGAUAUUUUAAUAUCAUUUUAUUAUUUAAAAAUAAUAGUAAUUUGAACUAUUCAAAUCAGCAACACCUGACUGAAAAAAAAGGUUAUUGUUGUGUAGACUGCUGAAACCAUUACAGUAUUUUGUUCUAUGCUGCUGUAAACAUCACAACUCAUGGAAAAACUUCUUAAUGUUAUUUGAUUUUAAAGUACAGUUUUUACAUGUAACAUGUACUUGACCACGAUUUAUAUAGGGUUUGCAUAAUUAUUUGCCUGUCAACGAGAAAAAUGUUUAACAGUAAAAGAACAGGCACUUUUUUUAAAGAAAAGUUAGGAACGAAUAAAUAUGUAAAUUGUUACAUUGCAGAAAUUAUUAUGCUGUAUCCUGCAAAUAGCAUUAUUACAAAAGAAGGAUGGAAGGGGCAGGAAAUAUUUAUUCUUCUUCAUGGACAGUAAGUACAUUGUACAAAUUGAUAUUAUAUUCCUUCCUGUGUCACAUGUAAUUGGUUUAAUUCACAUUUUUUGUGUUUAUAGUUUGAACUACUUUAAGACUGAGUGACUGCUGUAACUGAAUUUUAAUAUGAAAAAAAUAGAAACCCUCUGUUUAAUAAUACAGUGGAACAUCCUUGUGACCACCCCUUAUUAGAUUCAAAUAUCAAAAUUUUCGUAGUCAAAGCUCUGUGAUAAAAUUAAACCUCUCAUAAAAGACUACCCUGUUCAUUGUUUUUAACUUCUUGUAAUUAACCACUUGACGCAAGGUCUAUCAAAAUUACCUCUGACCUGCUCCUUGCUCAUUGAAUGUACUAUGCCACUGAAAGUAUACAAAGAAUUUUCAUUGACAAAUUGAAACCACACAUAUCAUAGCUUAGAAAUUGAGUGCAAUAAAUUCUCUUCCAAAAAGAAAAUGUGUUGGGACCUUUCUUUCUCCCAUAAGCAACCACUAAAUUGCAUUUUGGGUGGUCGCCUAUGGGAGGUUCCACACUUAAUAAUGGGCAGUCUCUUGGUGUUGGGGAUAGGUGCAAUCACCAAAUGACAUAAUACAAAAGCAUAAAAAGACACCAAACAAUACCCACACCACAACACAAUAGCUAACCAACAAUAGUUUCCGCAACACCAAGAAAAACCUGUAUAAUGCACCGUGCCCAAAUAGACUAGGCACUGAUAAGGUGGUGUGGCAAUCUUUACAGUAAAUAUACGGCACUAAUUUUUAUUUGCCUUUGCCUUAGAAACUUUAUGAUGAUCCAAGAGAAAAGAAAAACUAGCAUUCAAUUUGUUUAGGAGUUUUCAAACCAAAGAAAAAUUUGAACCACAAUAACAUUUGGUAUUUGAAACUGAGACAAUGGUUAAUAUGAACUCACUGGUUACUCUAUUGUACUCAACAGGGUGACGUUUUCCACAGGGGACCAAGAGCUUGCUACAUUUGCUGCUGGAGAAAAAGGUUUCUCCUUUGGUGAAGAAGGCAUGUUGUUAUUAACCGCCCUUUAAGGGGCUAUACGUAUGUGACACCACAGUUAAGGAGUGAAGUAGACGUGAAAACUGUCACACUCCUUUGUUAUAUAUAAUCAGGGGCAUUCCCUACAAUUUUCUAAAGUUUAAUUUUUCACAUUUCAUUCCCCAGGUUAGGCUCUUUUCUGUAGAAAAAAGGAAACCUGAAAUUUUCGGAUUCAAAAAUGUGAUGGAGAGAGGAAUCAGUGAAAUUCUCACUUUCGUAAUUUAUGCUUGGAAAAAAUAAUACUCAACUUAAUCCUGUGAAGUUUUGAAAAAGACUCAAGUUCCCCUAGGAUGACCGAACAGAUACGAAUUUGAUAGUGCCAUUUAGAAUGCUUUUCUAGAGAUCUGAAAGUACUCUGGGUAGCCUGAGAAGUGUUUUCAAUGAAUUAGGAGGAAACUGUCAUUGGGUGGCCCUGACAUUUGUGGACUUGAAGGUGCACAAUGUUCAGUAGCGUUCGUAUCAUUAAUUUGGAUCUUUCUGACCAAUAAAAGUGUCGCAUUAAUUUAUUCUGUGACAAGCAAAAUAAAAACUUAAGGAUCGUAUGUGCAGAGUCAGGGAGCUCCUAACAUACAGUAUACAGCUGUAAUCUGCAGUGCUGUUGUUUUUAUCUUUGAUGUUUGCCAUUUUUCAUAAGCAGUCUCCUCUACUAACUAUGGUCAUGAAGAUAUUGCUGCUGUUGCUGCCAGUUCACAUCUCUUGUAAAUUCAUUUCUCAGAUCUUAGUAUUCUAACAAUUCAACUUUAUUCACAUGUUGAAAUUGGGCUCACUUCCUUUUUCUGUUCAACAUGGGUUACAAGCAUUAAAUAGAAAGAUAGAUUGAUUCACUGAAAAGAAAACCAAACUGACAUAAGAAAUUUCUCAAAAGAUGAAAAAUUAAUGCCUCGAAAAGCAUCUACUUACACUAGGGUGAAUUGUCUCUCUGUUUUCAGUUUUUAUAUUCACAUAUCUUCACUUUUUCUCAACUGCUAGGAAAAACUGAAUUUUAAAGCUUACACUCGCUUUUAAACCAGACCAGGUACCCUUAAGGGAAUUUAGGGGACACAUUGCUAUGGGCAACCAAUUUAAUUAAAUAACAACUGCUUUACAAUGUACAGUGCUGUAGGUCAGUUCUGUGCUUUAGUGAUUCUAUUAAGUACCUUUACCCAUACACAAAAUGCAUCAGUAGAGUUAUGAAGAAGAUAUUAAACAAAUUCCAUCAGAGAGCACUCUGUACUAACCAUGACAUUUUUUUGGUGAUUUUACUGAGAAGGAAUAUCAUCAAAAAAUGAAUAAGCUGGCCCAAAUUUUCAAGUUUCAAUCCAUGUGGAAUCCUCACCAUCCCUUGCAACAGAAGUCAGUAAAGUUUCAAAAACAAAACCCAGCUUCUUCUUCUCAGUAACUGCAGCCACUUGUUUUUUUCUAGGGGGUUAUGUCAUGUUAUACAUGUAGAUCAGUGUUAGCACUUUUUCUCUUCAAUUGAAUUCCAAAAAUAAUGGUCCAGUUUUAAUAAUUUUAUACAAUGUACAUGUAUUACUAAUACAAUUUUUUACUACCUCUCAAAAGCGACCAUCUCUUAGAUAACAACAUUUGCUACCAUUUAUUAAGGUUGAUUUCAGACUGUUGUGGUUCGGGAUGUUGAAUGUUUGUCAGAAGUGAUGUAAGUUUUCUUUUGCGUGAAAGUUUUGCUUUAUGGAAGGAAUUUAAUUGUUACCAUAAAUAUUUUGUCCAGGCUUCAUUGACAUUGUGAGUAUACAACACCAUUCAAAUGUUGUGUGACAUUGUACUAAUAAAUGCUGCAAUUUAUCACUCAGGUUUUUUCACUGGGACUGAGAGAAGAUCCACUGUGAGGUAAUAAUUCAGGUAAAACAUAACCUAGACCCAUGGUUCCCCUCUGAAGAAUAGGCCCUCAUAAUCUGAAAAUUACUACAGUUAAACCUCUUUAAUAUGGACACCAAAGGGACAGAACCAAGUGUCCUCUUUACAGAGGUGUCCGUAUUAUAGAGGUUGAGAAUGUUUGAUUUUUGGCAUUUCUGUGACCAAACGAACUGUCCGUGAUAGAGAGCUGUCCUUAAGGAGAAGUUUGACUGUAUUGUCACAAUCUGGAAAACAGCUCUAGAAAAGAAAUAAUAACAACAUAUAAUUAUUUUGUACCCUUAAAAAAUUGUAUUAGCAAGGCUGUGCUCUAAGGAAAAUUGAAGGGAGCCUAGUGCUCUGAAACUUUAAAAUCUAGGGUGCCCAGCAUAAGAGUAGCAAUCCAGGCUUGAAUUGCACCAUCGUAUCCUUACAUUACUUAUUUGUUGCAUAGUGUUGUAUUUCAGUUGUAUCUCGGUACGUGUGCGCGUACAAUUUUAUUUUGAGCGCACGCAUUAUUUGUUUAUUUAUUUAAUUGACGUGUACAUUUAGUUAGUUUAUUAACAUCUUAAUUUUACUUUGCGUCAUUUUCCUCACUUAUACAUUGUCCAUGACUGUGCUCACAUGGUGGGUGGCUCCUCCUAAAAUGUUCUGCAAUUGGUAUAGGAUUUAAUGGAGCCGAAACCAAUUGUGGAAUUGCACGCAUUUUAGGCAUCUUACUGAUGAACAGUUGCGACACGUAGAGAUAAUAUAUUUUUUAGCAACUAAGAUAAUUUGCAGUCUGUCUACUUUGUAUUUGAUUUGUAUGAAAAAAGUAAGAUUUGCUAGUCACCUGAAAGCAAAAGUUAGGCACCAUGGGCCACAGGGCUAGAGCAUAGCCCUGAUUAGUAAUGCAUGUAUUUAAUAAUUAUAAUAAUUAUUGUGGGAUACAAACUACAUGUACAGUGAUUUUGUUACAAAUAGUUAUGGUGAGUCCUGGGACUCAUCUUCUGAAAAAUCAUGAGUCCCUGCUGUCCAUAACCAAUGAGUCCCAGUUCAAAAAAACAAGGAAUCCUAAAUUGAAAAUGCUUGGGCCUUUAUGUAACCAGAGAAUUAAUCUGGAGACAGAUGCCAAAACUCUUUGGGGACACAUUGUUUACAUUACAGUUUACUGAAAUUAAAAUGUAUAGUCCUUCUAUAUAUUUAAAGCACAAAGAAGACAAACAAAUAUGCAUCUUUAAACAACAGCCACAGAAUCAUACGGACAGGAUAUAAUUAUUAUAAAUGUAUGAAUGAACUUGCUGAAAAUAUAAUCACAAAAAUAUAUUUCCAGCAAGAAAAACCAGUCCUCAUUGUUCUCAAAAAUUAGUUUCCACAAACCAGUAGUUGUUGUGGUGAUUUUAUACUGGGGGAAAUUUUUUUGUCAGUGGUGGUGGUGGGGGGUCUUUCAUUUUGUACAACAAACUUUAUUGAUUUGCAACCCUCAGCAAACUCUUUUACUGCACUGAACUAUACACAGUUGUAUACAGUCAGUUAAAGUUUUUUAAAGUGACCUCCUUGAGAAUGUGCAAGUGGUUGCAACUAAAGCUGGUCAUCUAUCAGAUUAGAUUCUUGUCAAAGUGAAAAGAAUUAUUGUUUGUUCUUUAGGUCAUCUGGGCCUUGCCAGGUCAUUAUGCUCCGACAAGAAAACUUCCAUGAUGUUUUCAGUCAGGUUUGUUGAAAUGAUAAUUUAUUUAUUAUUAUAAGACAAUUAAUUUUUAUUAUUCCAAUUGGCAACGAAAAUGUGGACACAGUAAUCCAAACUGUAUGUGCGAAUGUAUCAUAUUGACUUUACAACAUGCCACUUGAUCCCAUAUUGUACAUAAAUAGUGUUAAUGUUUAUGGGUGGUUAGUUUAUAAGGCUGUUAAGGUGUGAAUGUGUUAAGCUACUACGCUGUAAAUUAUCUCUGUAUUGUGAGGUCCACUACUGUGAUUUACCAGUACUGUUUUGACGAGGGUUGUUAUUCCUCACUUGUUGCUGUUGCAACAUCUAAUACAGCCGUUUUGAGUGGGCCAACAUGUUUGUUCAAGUUUAAAGAUAUCUUGAAGACUUGUGUUUCAUAGCAUUUUGCAAAUUUCAAAUGAAUUUAAUGAACAUUGGUGAGAAAGCUAUGUAACAUCCCAUGAUAUUUAAAGCACUUUAAUAUUCAUUAACUUUGUCUGCUAUUUUAAUUUUGUUCCCUGCUUGCAGUUCACAGCAGAAGCAUCUCUACUGCAAGAACUGAAUGUAAAGUGGAAACAACAAGUAAACCAGAGAGAUGCUGAGUUGUACACAAAGUAUGGAGGUGCUUUGGAUCUCGAGGUUUGAAACUUUCUUUUUUUCUUUCCAUUUACACUGAUGCUCAUAUACAUUGUACUGUAGAUGCCUGUGUAGAAAUAAUUACUGCAUUGUUCUUUGCAUGUUGUCCAUACCUAAAACACAUUGACAAUUGUCUGCUAAGGAGGAUUUUUCUUCUUCUUUUUUUUAUCAUUUGUGAUCAUUUUUUUCCUUUUCUCGUUACCUUUUUGUUUUGAAUAUCUAUAGAGCUUGAGGUGAAUUUUAAUAUUCGUACAGUGUCACAACUUUACUUUUUUGAAAUCUUUUUGGGGGAUUACAUUUAGCUUGAUGUAUAAUUAUUGUCUUGCUAUGAUACCUUCUUUUCAAAAAAAAGUUAUUGAUUUAAUUAACAAUUAACAGUGUUUGUUUCUGUUUUGGUUUUCUUAGAUUUUGAGGAUGACUUUAAAGCAGGUAAAUAAAAUGGUUUAAGAGUGGUGAUUGCAGUCCCAGACAAAAAAAAACUUACUUGUACCCUGCCUUUUUGGAUUAAAAGAAACACUAUGUUUUGGCACUGUUUUCAUGAACAUCAAGUUAAUUCUUGCACAAUUGCGAAAUAUUAGAUCUGAGGAAUUAAUAUAUAUUUUUAAUUUUUAAUAUUCGUCUCAUCCAGGAUUGAAUGUUUGUGACCAUGAGGUAGUAAAAAAGGCGUAUUGCGACUCCCUUCCCCCCACCCCCGGACGGAAUGCUAGUCCAUCGUAGGGUUAUCCCCCAGCAGUAUGUCGCCGGUACCCAUUUAUACUCCUAUGUGAAGAGGGACAAAGUGGAGUAAAGUUCCUUGUCUAAGGAAACAGCGCGAUGGGCGAGGCUUGAUAUAAACAUUACAAAUAAUCGUGUCAAGUACGAAAUACUAACUCAAUAAUACCUACAUUCACUCUUGGGAAGUGGUUGCCCAAUAUAGUAAAUUAGAAUUAAAAAAAAUAUAUAUUGAAAAGAGACGAAAACGAGCAGGUAAAUCAGUUUAAAUUUAAAUGGUUGGGGUUUGUUUACCAGACAGAUGAGUUCCAGCACUGUCCUCCUGGUUUUUUAUAUCUUAUUGCAUUGUCCAUGGUCAUCAAGGAAGUUCAAGCAGAUGAAGCUGUGCUGUCUAAGAGACAAUACCAAGAUGGUAAGAUUAUACUGUUCUGCAAAAUUUAUCAAUCACUAACAACCACGGUUGUACAGAUAGUCCUACUCAGUGAAUCGACUCUUAUAUCGCCUGAUGAAGACCUGCAGUAUGCGGUCGAAACGUCGCGAUCAAUAUCUAGGUGAAUCAUGAGACAAACCAUAAACGAACCGCUUCUAUCAUUGAAGUUGUUUCUAUCUUUUGAGUUGUGAAAAUUCAGAUAAUUAAUAAUAAUAAAAGAAAUAAUUUCCGUUAUUUACCCUCGGCAGUAUUUAUAGCACUAAUGCCAGUGGGGCCGAGCAAAUUCCUAAAACAAACAAUUUAAAUCAAACAUAAUGUGGUUAAGAAUCCCAACUGGCCUGAGACAAGCCAGUUGGCUAUUUACAAGCGUGGCCAAGGAUUUGGUUAGUAUACAACUAGCAUGUCGAGUCUGUGGACGAAAAUGAUAAAGUGUGACCAUUCACUUACCCAGGUUUUUCAGGCCAUUUGGCGAAAAUUGCCUGUUUGUGGUGUGUUUUUGUUGUUUUUUUUUUUUAUAGCUUUUAAAUAUUUUUUAAUCUUAUUGUUGUUAUUUUUUCUUUUGGUGAAAAAUGUGUUUAAGGCCUCGUCCAAAUUAUUCCGUAUAUUUUCGAAACCACAUUUUUCUACGGGAAAAUUAUCGACUUUUCGCCGACACGAAAACAGGGAGUCCGCGCGAAAUAUUUCAUCCGCGGACUAUUCCUGUAAAAAAUAUGAAGUUUCAAAAAUACUCUGAUUCGUGUGGAUGAGAUGCGGCUUAAUCAAAGGAUGGUAGCAUCUAUACCUAACCCGAAUCUGAAAUCCCAGUGGUACUAGGGAGCUUAAGUAACAACUACGACGACGGCCACGAAAACGCCACUAAAAAGUGAAUUCGCGCUGCUUCCGACGUAUUCGCUGUUAUUCCAUCUCGUUCAAUUUGUCAAAUGUUGGCAAAUGUUUCUGGAGUUGAUUUCUAAAAGACUUUAUCAAAGUUCAUGAAAAGAAAAAGAAAGUUGCUAUCUUGCGUUCACCGAGCUGAAAUUAGGCAUUUUUUACGUUGUAGUCGUGCAGCGACGGUUAAGAAAUGUACAAAAAAGCAUGAUGCACGUGCGAAGUUGUUGUUUUGCUUAUUAAACCUACAACUGUACUGUGCUGCGUUUUUUUUCCAUUCUUGUUGACGUCGCCGUUGUCGUUGCUUAAGCUCUUUACUGUGACGGUGGGCUGCAUACUCCACCAUAUAGUGCUGGGCUUAAACGUGUCCUCUGUUAGGAGCUUUACACAGAUUGAAGGAGUAUUUUUUUAUAUCCUUUUUUUUAAAGUUACCCUGUUUAAGGUUGUUGAACUUCCUGAAAGAAAAGAAGAAAACAAAACCAAACAAAACCAACCAACCAACAAAAAACAAUCGAAUACGCAGACACGUACCCUACUGUCUAUGAAUCGUACAUGGCUUUAGAAUUUUAAGAAACAUUUUUUCUCUUCCAAGAUAGAUAUUCACGAUGUUUCUUAAGUUGAAUGAUUGUUUGCAUGUUUUUGUAGGUGGUACUCUCUUUGUAGUACUCCAAGGAAGUGCUGAAGUGAUGGAAGAUGAUAUGCCUGCAUCACACACCGUGGGGCUUAAACAAGUCUUCUGUAAGCAGUUUUUGCGUUAAGUGCUGCUAACCGAUUGAAUGCACUCAAAAAUUGCCCGCUUCCGAUCAAAUCAAGGCUUGUUUGGCGGGCGGGGAGAGGAAAUGGUGGGGAGGGGAGGUGGUGGGGGUUGUAUUAAGUGACAUUUGGUCAAAAACUCGUCUCAGUUACAGCACUCGUCACAGUCAAAACACUCGUCACAAUCACAACACUAGUCACAGUCACAACACUCGUCACAGCCAACAGACUCAUCACUCUCACAACACUCGUUUUCAAAUUCUGUUUUUUCACGUCCAGCACAGCUGUACAUAGGUUAUGCAAUUUCUGGCUGAAUUCGUGGGGUAUUCGAUAACAGCUUAUAAAAGUAUAGCGCUUUGCCAAUAAUCAACCACAAGAAAGUUGUGGGUUUAGGUAGUUUCAGACCACUGAAAAGACCUGGCCCGGGUUGUUCAAACGUUGGAUAGUGCUAUCCACCGGAUAAAUCACUAUCCGGAAGUUAAGAAGUUAAGUAUUAGGGAAACCAAUUGCGCUAUUUAGUGAAUAGAGAUUUAUCCAGUAGAUAGCGUUAUGCACCGGAUAAAUCACUAUCCAGAAGUUAAGUAUUAGGGAACCAUGUGCGCUAUCCAGUGGAUAUCCACCUUUUGAACAACCAGCCAGCCUGACAAUUAAUUACCCGUUUGUUCCUUCCCACAAUACUUGUAGAUGUGAUCAUAUCCAAGUUUGUAAAGUCUGGUACGUUUUCGUACAGAUAUCCACAUCAGAUUUCUCUCUCUGCAAGCCUAGUUUGUACCAAAAGGCCUUGCAGACAUUAAGCAAUUUCGUGUUGCCUUUAAUGCUUAAGAAUUGUUACGCCCGAAAGAAGGAUUUUUGAAAACGUGUUUACCCAAAUUCGCCGCUAUAUAUGAUUGUGUCAAUGGACCUCAGCCUCGCUAUCUGGUAAUAUAUCUGGUCCACGAUUAUUGGCUCGCUCAAAGUUCUGCAAUCAGUUUCGAGCAUUGUGUAUAGCCUGACAGACAUGCACCAGGUAUGCUUUACGGAUCACUGUUGAAUUACAGAUAAGACUUACGAUAAUAGAAACAAAGAGAAACAAAAAUGAAAUGUUAGUAUACGUAUUUAUUUAAAGGAAUCUGCUCUCAAUGAACAUAAGAAGUGUUAAGACAACAUGUAGGAUAAUAUUCGUGUUGAUAUUGAGGUUAACGAACUCAAGCUGCAAAUGAGUUUGACUAGCUCCUAUCCUUUCUGCUCUUUUGUAGGGAAGGCUGGCAACAUGCCUGUCCGGGGAUGGGUAAAAGCAACGGAAUUGUGUGUGGCAGCUGUUUUCCCAGAGGGGGUAGUGAGAGAAGCCGAGAGUACAUUCCCGGAUGUUGUGCUUCCCAGACCUUGAGCAAGCAUUCUUUGGAUGGAAUAAAAUAACGCUUAACGGUUACCGCGUCUGGGUGCUUCAGGAACUAUUUACGUGAAUGAACAGUGACAUUUUGCCCUCAGCAGGGGAUGAGUGUGCGACGUUCCAGACAAACUGUAUAGUCUGUAUAACCCUGCAUAACGCGACGUGUGUAGAAACCUGUAUAAAUAUACCGUUUUUUUCAUUCAUUCAUUUAUUUAUUUGUUUAUAUAUUUCUGUAUUACAUAGCUGAGCUGUAUUCUGUAUUCUCAACUUGUUAGGGCGCGUCAGGUCGCGAAUAGACCAAUUUCAAUAUUUUGAAAAUCAUACUUAGCUACGAGGUUCAGGGGAAUAAAACAAAAUGAAUGUAUUAUUCAUUGGUGAGCCCCAAAAUGAUUUCUUUUCUUUUAUUCUCCCAAGCCUCGCAGCCAAGUAUAAAUUUUAAAAACUGAAUCAUUGGAUAAUGCAAUUCUAGAGCUCUGAUUGGCUCAGCCAUCAUGGAAUGAGUCAUUAUACCAUGCUCUCCAAAUAUGGUAACUUUACGCGUCUGAUCAAAAUUAAAAACAAGCUAAAAAUCUGAUGUUUUUUACAAAGUCGUGAAAAAUUCUCGAUAUUUGUGGGCGUUUUUAAUGAAACAAUUAUUCCACUCGUGUUCGAUGGAUAUGAGAUGAUUGUAG